GGAGAAUACUAGUAAAUAAGUAAAGAGGGAACGCAGGAGAGGAUUCAGUCUACAGAACAAUUAGAUUGGCUAGCUGAUCUAGCUGAUCGCUAGACGUCGCAGAGUUUUCGGCUAAAAUCCCUACCACGAUGACUGCGAUCCUUGAAGCCGUUCAAAUGUACCAAAAUUGAAUAAUGAUACAUACUUUGUAUCGCAUAGAACUGUAAUUAACGUGAAAUAAUUGAAACAAUACCGAUUGUACGAUUAUUUAAAAUUAAUAAGAAUGGGUGGCAUCGUCGGGCUGUUACUGUGCAUUGUAUUGUGUGGAAGUGUUGGUGGUGUACAAGGGGCAUGCAGGCGGUUGGAGAACGACGACAUGAUAGAAUAUCUUUGCACGAGUGGCCAGUUGUCCGAUUUGAACGAUCUUCCCGCAGAAACUGGCAAAAUCCGAAUUUCUAACAUGCCAAUUGGACGGAUAACUGCGGACACCUUCUCGAGGUUUGGCUCGGAUCUCUGGGUCCUGGGAUGUUCCCAUUGCGAUAUAACAGACAUUGAUCCUGACGCCUUUCAACAUCUGAAUAACCUUCAACAAUUAAGUUUCGACAACAAUCAUUUGACUACCAUAAAGAAAUCCUGGUUCAAAGGUUUGGAUUACUUGACGUACUUGGAUAUAAAUUACAAUAACAUAGAGUCUAUCGAGGUUGGCGUGUUCGAAAACUUACCCAGCCUCGUUGAGUUAAGGCUAUCUGGUAAUCGUUUAGAGUGCCUAAAUCUUGCAUCCAUGUCGCGCCUAAAGCAAUUAAGAAGAAUCUUUUUGACUGAAAAUCCUGAGUUCAAGUGUCCAAACGCUGUCAGCGCGUUCCUCGAGAGUCACGGAGUAAGCUUCGAAAAGGACGCAGACUGGGACAGAUUCUCAACUGAUUUAAUUUCAGCAGAAGUACUGUACGACGAUGAUACCUACUACGAAGAAAGCAAUACGGAAGAACCGUCCACACAAUUACCUAUCUUUCGCGAGAGAUUACACCUAACAACGACACCAUCUCCAACCGUGACGUCGACAGUAUCGUACGUUCAACCGAAGUUCCACACAACUGAAGAAGUAGUUUAUCGUCCUUAUAACACUCCAUAUUGGAGGACAACUCCAGAAACAAUCACCGCCCCUUAUGAUAACAGACCAGAAACUGCAACUCUAUCAUACGAUGAAAAUGAGAAUACAAGGGCACCGUAUAUUCCUCCGGGAACCAUCGCACCAAUCGAACUCGAAAAGUACCAACAGCGUGAGACGACACAGUACGGCAGCCAAGACACAACGACCUUGAGUUCUUGGCCAAGAACCUCGGAACCUACCAGUGCCAGUAACGAAUAUCCACCGGUCUAUCCACCCCAUAGAAACGAGGAUAAACAUUACACAGAACAGCCGGAUUAUUCGAGGCUGCCAAACUUGCUGGCACUAGGCCAAGACGAUCGUCACCAGACGAUGCCAUCGUACGUGGAUUUUGACACAAAACAUGGGCCAGAAAGGAACACCGUACCAUCGAACGUGGAAUAUCCACCUGUGUCUAUACCUACUGUCGUGGAGUAUCCACCUAUAUCUAUACCUAGUGUCGAAAAUAGAGCGCCAGAAUACUUAGUCCCAUCGGUGGACUCGUCAGACACGACCCAUUCGAUUCAAUCUAUCCCCCGUGGGCCGACCGCGGUGAUUCAACCUGCUCACCCCGAUAACGUUUAUCAGCCACCGUAUUACGAGCCCACGGUCACUGUUCAUUCAACGCCAUUGAUAAGCAAUCAGCUACAGCAGGAGAAUGCAACUCCGGGAAUCGAGCAAAUUGAGACGACCACCGAUAAACCAUUGCCCAAUUGCCCAACUAGAAAUUCAUCGUCGUCAAACCACGGCACUGUCGCGAUCAUCAUCGUUUCCUUUGUCCUUGCUGUUCGCGUCCUUGUGGAGGGAUUUUAGCUAAACGUCCCGCCAAACUACUUAACAUUCGUCCGUAUAUUCUGAUCGAAUCUCCGACAAUGGAUCAAGCUUUCGUUGACGACACAUGUGUUCGCGCGAACAUACGCGUGUACGUUUGCUCCCGUGAGCAUAAAGCUGGUAGAACUGAAUGGAAGGACGUUUGUCAGAUCGCAGACUUUGGAUCGAGUGACGUUAGGUGUGCUGUUAGUUUCGUUCGUUUUCGGUUUCGGGGCAGUCUGAGAGAAAACAUUGCUUUCCGUGAUUCGCUGUCAGAGGAACCAACUGAGCUGAUUGAUCCUUCAGAAGCACCGCGGAGCCUGCAGAACCCAAGGCAAGCAGAGGAAGCUGAGCGUCUAGAGAAAAUGCAGAAAAUCGAAAACGAAGAAAACGCAGCUGCAAACAAUUUGGCGUUGGCAAUUCAACGCCGCAACGAGGCCAGAGCGAGUCAGUCUGCCAAGUUCUUCGAUUCUCUGAUCGACAAAUACGCGAACAUGGCUGGAAAAUCGAAAAGGAAGAGCUCGCCUGUGAAGGCCGCGAAAACCACGAAAACCACGAAAAAUACGAAGAAAACAAACAAGAAGACGUAG